AUGCCGCAUGCAGAGAAGACGGGCGAGAGAAGACCCUCGCAAUCUCGAGGGAACCGCCUGAGCCAACUCUUCUCGUCAUCCCCUAAAGCUAAUCAACAGCCAUCUGCCCAGCAAGCCCUGAUGGCCAUGCAGAACGGCUCUAGCCCGUCUAUUACGGCUCCGGGUUUGGCACUGCCUUCUAUUUCUCUUUCUACAGCUACUGCAGGCGAACUCAACCAAGAUGAGCCACCGACUACUCUAUUCCAGCCUCCUUCCUCCACCGAAAUAUCACAAAAGAAGCGCUUUGACGCUCAGUUCGGGCCGUUGGUAGACCCAAAUGAUCGCUACGUCAGCAAACACCACGGCGAACCUCUGGAAGCCCCUGUCAUUGACGAACCUCCAUAUUAUUAUGUCCUGACGACCUAUAUCAGCUACCUACUUCUGCUCGCUCUCGGCCACAUCAGGGAUUUUUUCGGCAAGAGAUUCAGCAAAAAACAAACCUACAAGACUCUCCGUGAAGUUAAUGGCUACGCACCCCUAAAUGACGAUUUCGAUAGCUUCUACACUAGACGACUAAAGAUGCGCAUAGAUGAUUGCUUCGCAAGGACUUCUACUGGCGUACCUGGCCGAUAUAUCAACGUCCUAAACCGUGUUUCGGAUGACUUCAAUGAGACAUACAGGUAUACUGGAGGUGCAACAGAGACUCUCAACAUGAGCUCGUAUAAUUAUCUGGGAUUUGCACAAUCUGAAGGUCCUUGCGCUAAUGCUGUCGAGGAGUGUGUAAAGCAAUAUGGUCUCAGCUUCUGCAGUCCUCGCGCUGAUUCGGGUACUUCUGAUCUCGUCUGUGAAGUUGAGAAAGAAAUCGCGUCAUUUGUUGGAAAGCCAGCUGCCAUGGUUUUCUCUAUGGGUUUUGUCACAAACGCUAGUUCUUUCCCUGCUCUUGUUUCCAAAGGCUGCCUGAUCAUAUCUGAUGAGCUGAACCACGCAUCAAUCCGACUCGGUGCUCGUCUUUCCGGUGCUGUCAUCCGUUCCUUCAAGCAUAACAACAUGCUGGACCUUGAAAGGAAAUUGCGAGAGGCCAUUGCCCAGGGCCAGCCUCGAACUCACCGUCCUUGGAAGAAGAUUCUUGUCGCCGUUGAAGGACUCUACUCUAUGGAAGGCACUAUGUGCGAUCUACCCGGUAUUCUCAACCUUAAAGACAUCUACAAGUUCGCCCUCUAUGUCGAUGAAGCACACAGCAUUGGAGCUCUUGGCCCCAAGGGACGUGGUGUUUGUGACUACUUCGGUAUUGACCCGAGCAGGGUGGAUAUUCUAAUGGGUACUCUUACGAAAUCUUUUGGUGCCAACGGAGGUUAUAUCGCGGCUGAGAAGCACAUCAUCGAGAAGCUGAAGAGUACCAACUCCGCUACCAUGCUUGGAGAGUCUCCCACUCCGGCUGUCCUAAUGCAGAUUCUGGCUUCGCUGAAAAUCAUUAGUGGCGAGCUUGUUCCCGGCCAAGGCGAGGAACGCCUGCAGCGUAUUGCAUUCAACUCCCGGUAUCUCCGCCUGGGUCUAAAGCGCCUGGGCUUGAUUGUGUAUGGCCACGAUGACUCUCCUAUUAUCCCCGUCACUCUGUAUAACCCUGCCAAGAUCUCCGCCUUCAGUCAUGAGAUGCUUAAGCGUAGGAUUUCGGUGGUUGUUGUUGGUUACCCUGCUACUCCGCUAAUUAGCUCUCGAGCGCGCUUCUGUGUCUCUGCUGCACACAACAAGGACGAUAUGGACCGACUUCUAGCUGCUUGCGACGAAGUUGGAGAUAUCUUGCAGCUGAAGUUCUCGACAGGUAUUGCCGGAGGCCUCAAGCCUUUACCAGAAGAUACCUCAGAGAAUGAAAAGAAGGGACAUGGGGCUAAGAGACCCAAGGUCGUUAUCGAGCCACCUCGAUGGACUCUCGAGGAGGUUAUCGCUCGUGGUUCAGAAGAUGCCAAAGUGAGAUUAAGAUAG